ACACACCUACCUCCUCCAUUCAGACACACAGAUUCAACGACUGCUUCACUUGGAUUGAACCUUCUUUUUGUGUUUUAGGGGAUUUUUCCACCCUUGUCUGGAUGUCACCCAGAUAAUUCUGAUGAACUUGAGGAGAGAGAUAAGUGGGAAGAAGCGCGGGAAUUGAUGAUCCCGGAGCGCCCGUCCUGGAAGAGGAUUUGUGAGGCGAGGCAGGAGGAGGAGGAGCUCCUGAUCAGAACGGGAGGACGAGAGUAUGGGCCGCUUUUGCGUUUGCACGAUUCUCGUGUUGCUUUGCCUUUCGUGGCGGAGCGUCACGGCACAAGCCGAAGCCUGCAGGACGGUGGUGCAGGCAGACAUUGUUUUCCUGGUGGAUGAGUCGUGGACCGUUGAAGACGCUAGCUUCUCCGCGAUGAAAGACUUCAUCUCGGCAAUGCUCGCCUCCUUCAACGACAGCCACGUAGGAGCCAAAGGCAUCCGUUUUGGAGUCAUUGUCUUCGGGACCGUCCCCAGGACGCUUAUCGCCUUGACGGACUACAACUCCUUUGAAGAGGUACUCGGGGCUGUCAGAAUGCUGCCCUAUGAGGGCGGAUUCAGGAAUAUUGGCGGCGCCCUCUUGUUUCUUGUAAACCAGCUUUUCCACGCCGCCAUCCGUCGCGACCCUGCACCCAAGGUGGCCAUUAUGAUCACAAACGGACCCUCGUACGACGAUUUUUUCGAGGCGGCCAAAGCAGUGGCUGACAACGGCAUUUCGCUCUACGCUGUCGGCGUGGGAAACGCUAAGGAGGACGAGUUGAGGAGCAUGGUGUCCAAGCCGUACGAGGAACACCUGUUGAUGAGUGUUGACUUCCCCAUGCUGGAGACCGUCCUCCCCAAAUUAUCCCGCCGGGUUUGUUUCACCGCCUCUGAGCCGCAGCUACCAGUCAAAUGGCCCCAACCCGAGCUCAUUUUGGGUCCCAGAGAUCUGCGGGUUAGCCAGCUGGCUUACAGCUCCCUCAGACUGACGUGGACAGAGGCCACGGGGGACAUCACGGGCUAUCGACUGGUGGUCGUCCCUCUCAGCUCCGGAGGACAACCCGUCGACGCGCGGCAGCGACAGGAGAUUGAUCUUAAAGCAGACGUGACAACAGUUGUAGUGACAGAGCUCAACCCGAUGACAUCAUACUCUCUGACUGUGUACGCCUGGUAUACCAGUCUCGUCGGCGGGUAUGCAACCAUUAUUGCCCAGACCACACCAUUACCUCAAGUGUUAAACUUCCGAGUUAUCGAAGAGAGUCUUUUCUCGCUACGUCUGGGCUGGACGUCUCCUCUCAAGAAGCUCAACGGAUUCAGGAUUCUCAUCCCGAGAUCCGACCGACCGGGAUAUGCGUAUGAGCAGCUGCUCCCGGGAGACGCCUCCUCGCACGUGAUUGACAGCCUGGAGGAGGACAAAAAGUACACUAUCAGUAUCUUCGCGGUUUACCCGCAGGGGCUGAGUGAACCGGUUUCCAUCGUGGGAAAAACACAGAAGCUGGUAGCAAUUCAAGAACUUCUGGUCCAGAAUGCAACCACUGACACUGUCCAGACAAAGUGGACGUCAGUUAAAGGCGCUACGGGAUAUCGUCUCACAUGGGCGUCGUCUGACGGCCACAUAGAGAGCAUCAACCUGAGGAACACCUUUGACUUCUACAGGAUCCAGGGCCUCCACGCGGGCGCCGAGUACACCAUCACAAUAAACCCUAUCUUUGGAGACAUCGAAGGGCCCGUCACAUCCGCCAAAGUCAAGACAUUGGAAAACAGUGUGGUGCAGACCCUGAAGGUGUCAGCAGUGAGCACCAGCAGUGCUGUCAUCUCGUGGAACAGCGUGUUGGGAGCCACCGGGUACCGACUGGCCUGGGGACCCACGAUAGAGUUUGCGGGUCGGGACCGUCCCAGGCAGUUAGCUCUGAAUGGCAGCACCACUGAGUACCAGCUGAAGAAUGUGGCCCAUGACACCGAGUACGCCCUGACUCUCUACGUGCUCUUUGGAUCGGUGGUCGGGCCUGGUUUUACCGCCACCUUCAGAACAUCUCCUCUCGGGUACGUGUCCAGCUUUGAGGUCACCGCCUACACCAGCACCACCAUAGAAGUGCAAUGGAGCCCAAUAGUGGGCGCUACUGAGUACAAAUUCUCCUGGAACACUGAUGACGGCAGCCCCCAAUCACGCUACUUGGACCACAGCAUUCUCUUCUAUCGCAUCGUUGACCUGAGCCCACAAACCACCUACACGAUCACAGUCCGUGCAAUAUACGGCAACACGGAGGGACCAGAAAUUUCCUUAACUCAAGUCACAGCGGCUGCCUUGGACUCGGGACCGCCCCAGCUGGUGAAGGACGUCAAAGUGGUGGACACUGGUGUUAACUCUGUCACCCUUUCCUGGAAACAAUCGACCGGUGCAACAGGCUACAAAGUUUCCUGGGUCCAAUUCGUGGGGGGAGAAGAAAAGUCCCAUAUGGUACCAGCUGGUGUUACAACCUUCACUAUAAAGAGCCUACGAGAGGGCUCGGCCUACAAGAUUCAAGUGUCCUCCAUGGCGGGAAGCCAGGAGGGAAGCUCUGUGCUGGUCACAGCACGGACAUUGGACCUUCCAAAAGUGACCGGCUUCACGGCAAUGAACACCACCGACAGCAGCACUGUUCUAAGCUGGAAUCCAGUGGCGGGUGUCUCCAGGUAUCUUCUAAGCUGGAGACACAUCUCAGUGUUUGAGACUAAAAACGAGACACUGGGUUCGAGUUUCACCUCCUUCAAAGUUGGUGAUCUCCUCUAUCGCAGAACCUACAUUUUCUCCAUUCGGCCUUUAUAUGGGCAUGUGGAGGGACCAAUCAGCACCGUUUACCAGAGGAUUGUGGGACAGCGUCCUCCGACGUCCCAGCCAGCAACAGUAGCCUCUUAUGUCAAAGCGAACACCAUAACCCCUCAGACAGCCACUAGAAGCACCAAGAAUUCUUUUAGGUUGCCGAUUACUACCGAUAAAACCUCAAUUCAUCCAACAGUGACCCCUCCUCUGUUGACAACACCAAGCGCAGUGACCCCCGCGCAAUCAAAACCAGAUUGCAGCCGUAGCAAAGUGGACAUCGUGUUCCUGGUGGAUGAAUCAUCCAGUAUUGGCGCCAACAACUUUGACAAGAUGAAGGACUUCAUAUUUCGGGUGGUCACCUACUUCCCGGUCAUCGGCCCUGAAGGCGCACAAAUAGCUGUGGUUCGUUUUAGCGAUGAGCCUCGGAUUGAAUUCCGACUUAACGAUCACAAAGACCGGAACUCUGUGCGCAGGGGACUCAUGGCGUUACGCUAUGGAGGAGGCAACACCAAGACAGGAAAGGGAAUCAGCUAUGUCCUGCAAGAAAUGUUUCAAGAGUCUCUGGGCAUGAGGCAGGAUGUUGCCCAUGUUCUGGUGCUGAUAACAGACGGCAGGGCCCAUGACGACGUGGAGUCUCCCUCCAGGAUCGCUCGUGCUCUGGGCGUCAGCAUUCUGGCGGUAGGGGUCACCAAUGCCGACCUGCGGGAGUUGAGUAAAAUUGCCGCCCCCGGCCGAUACAAGAACGUCUUCUACUCGCCGACCUUCGAUGACUUUCCCUCCGUGGAGAGAGAAUUCGUUGGGAGCGUCUGCAGCGAGGAGCUCCUCUCCGAGUUCAAGCCGGAGCUGAGUCAGCUGGACACGCCCACUGAUGACCCAAAGCUGCCUCAAGCCCCCACCUGCCAAUGUGUCAAGGGCCAGAAAGGAGAAAGGGGGGAUGGUAUGGGAGGAGGUUUGCGAUUCAGGCAAACUCUAGGACAGUUUGAUCCUUUUACCUCUACCAAAGGAGAGAAGGGUGAAAAGGGACCUCCUGGAACAGAUGGCGUUCCUGGGCUGCCUGGACGCCCAGGAAGAACUGGACCCCCGGGUUCCGCCGGCCAACGGGGCACACCAGGUGUACCAGGCGAUAUGGGUCCUCAUGGUCUCCCUGGUCCCAAAGGCCAGAGAGGAGAGAGAGGAGAGCCGGGUUAUGUGAUAGCAGCCCCAGAUGCAAACUUCAUCCCUGGCCAAAAAGGAGAACCAGGAUCCUCAGGUGCCCAGGGACCUCCUGGUAUUCCCGGAGUCAUCGGAGUCCCGGGUAUGCCUGGUCCAGCAGGACCGCCAGGAAUAUCUAUCAAGGGGGACCCUGGAGAGCCAGGAGAAAAGGGUUUACGUGGGAAGCCGGGCACAAAGGGCGACACGGGAGAAGCUGGAAGCAAUGGUGUCGCAGGGUUGCCCGGUCCAAUCGGCAUCAACGGGACACCGGGCUCACCGGGUCCGAAAGGAGACAAGGGUGAAUGCGAAUAUAGCCUGCAAGGUUCUCAGGGGUCCCGUGGAGAGCCGGGAGAGAAGGGAAAUGCGGGCGUAGCGGGACCAGUCGGCCCCAAGGGUGAACUUGGAGAACAAGGCAUCCAAGGAGCCAUUGGACCUCGGGGGAAAAAGGGAUUCAAAGGGGAGCAAGGGGACAAAGGUGAACGAGGCGAGAGGGGACCGAGUGGACCAGAAGGACCAACAGGACCGACAGGACCGAUCGGUCUUAAGGGGGACGAAGGCCCAAGAGGAGCCCCUGGAGACACUGCCAACGGUAAUAUUGGUCCAACUGGCAAAAAAGGCGUCCGGGGAGACAUCGGUCCAAUCGGUCCCGCGGGCCCUCUGGGACCAAAAGGGGAACCCGGAGACAAAGGAGAAAAGGGUAGUCCAGGUUUUGGGAUUCCAGGACAAGGGGGACCAAAGGGAGAAAACGGGGAACGGGGAAAUGUUGGUUUAUCUGGAAAACCAGGAGCAAAGGGACAGGAUGGCUCCAAAGGUGACAAAGGGGAUUUGGGCCCACCUGGAAAUCCUGGAGAAACAGGAUUAAGAGGUAAAGAUGGGGAAGCUGGAAUUAAAGGAGAACAAGGGAUGAAGGGCGAGCAAGGACCACAAGGAGCAUCCGGCGACCCAGGAAUAAGGGGCUCUCAAGGGCUAGCAGGGCAACCGGGAACGCGAGGAGAGAAAGGAGAUAUUGGAAACGCUGGCCAGCCGGGGCUUGACGCCGAAAAAGGCGACAAAGGCGAACCGGGAAAACCUGGACCUCCCGGAACGCAAACGCUACGAGACAAUAUCUUCGCCCGGGUGAUCAAGGGUGAGCCCGGCGAGCCGGGUUCAAGAGGAGAAGUCGGCCUACCUGGACCAAGAGGUCCUGAGGGUAAACCUGGACUUCCAGGAUCCUCUUUGGGUGGUUCCGGAAAGGACGGGCUUAAUGGUACACCCGGAAAACCAGGCGAAAAGGGGGAGCAGGGACUAAAAGGAGAGCCUGGCUCAAAAGGCGAGCAAGGCGAACAGGGUCGGAUUGGGAUUGCCGGAAUGCCAGGAUUACCAGGAACUCCGGGACGAGCCGGCAUUGACGGCAAGCGAGGACUCCCGGGGAACGAUGGAGAGGGAGGACAAAAAGGGGAAGAAGGCAAAAAGGGGGAGAAAGGAUACACGGGAGCAAACGGCAAAGAUGGGGGUAAAGGAGAACCGGGAUCUCCAGGUUUGCCCGGUAAACAGGUCCUCGUGACUGCAGAGGGCGCCACCAUUGACGAAAUCCGCCAAGCCUUUCCCGUCCCCAUGGGUCCUCCGGGAGCUACUGGCUCGCCAGGAAUAAAGGGAGAUAAAGGAGACGCAGGCAUGAGAGGAGAAAAGGGUGAUGCCGGCGCCUCUGGGAAAUCACUGGAAAUGAAGGACGUUGAAGCCAUGUUUGAAACAUACGGCAUCAAGCUUCCUUUGCUGAAGGUUUUGAUCGACAGGCUGCUGCAGGACGGCAUAGAGGAGCUGCUUCACAAGAUAACCGAGCGGAAGGAAGAUACGCAAACUUCCAACGUCAUAACGGAAUACACCAGCUCUCUAAAGAUUGACUUAUUGGCGCAAGUGGACAGCGUUGAGGAAUUUGAGUUGGACCAACCUACGCAGCCUGACUCAUGGAACGAAACUACGGAGGGUCCAAUGUUAUGGACGCCGCACAUGAAUGGAACAUCUUCAACCGAAACAAAUCGGAUUCAAGUCGAUUCUACUUUAAAUGAAACUUCAAAUCAGACGCUUUCCGCCCAAGCCGGAAGUGUCGUCCAGGCGGCCCCGCUCGCCCGAGCGCACACGGGAAAGAAAAGCGCAGGACACAAGAGACAGAACAGAGAACGAGGGAAGGGCAAAGGAAAUAAAGGACGACGUUCCAGGCCGACGCGGCCCCCGACGAGCGAGCAGUCGGAGGAGGACCUUCACGUCGCCCGCCGUGAGCUCGAGCAGGACGAGGAUGAGCCGUCGCUGCCAUCUCCUCCCAUCACCACGCAGGAGUCAGACAAGGUGCUGUCAAUCAGGGUCAAGAGAAACUGGUCUGACUCAAAGAGAAGGAACUCGGACAGCGGACAACGAAGCCAGCGACAAGUUGAGACCGAUCCAUUCGCACAAAGUGCAGGGGAAGGGCCCGGCCCGGAUGAUGAGGAUUGGAGUGGCGACUGGGCGACGCAGGAGGAAGAUGUGGACCGGGAGGAAGAAGAGGAGGGCGAGCUGGAGAGGCAACGGGGGAGGGAGGAGUGGGAGAGGAGGAGGGCUGAGAUGGAGAGGACGGGCGGGGAAGAAGGUGGGCAGCCUUACCCGUACCAUCCUGACUAUUUUUACCUCAAGGGACAACCGGGUGAGGAUGGAAUCCAAGGUCCCAAGGGGGGCGUUGGCGAGAAAGGACAAAAGGGAGAGCCGGGGAGCGGCCACCGAGGGCCCGAAGGGCAAGCCGGUCGGCCUGGCAACAAGGGUGAACCAGGAGAGCCGGGGCCACCGGGGGCUCAGGGAAUCCAAGGCAUCCGCGGAAGCGCAGGCAUCCAGGGGUUUCCGGGCAUCAAAGGACCCCCGGGGGCCCCCGGAGAGCCCGGUCGAGAGGGUGAGCGAGGGAAACGGGGGAAAAAUGGAGCGCUGGGAGGCACGGGACCUCCUGGAGCACCAGGACCUGAUGGAUCUCCCGGUGUACCAGGAGUAAAAGGAGAAAAGGGGGAAAGAAUUCCAGGAGAGCCGGGGCCUCGGGGUUUCACUGGCUUCCCUGGAAAAAGGGGCAACCAAGGAGCCCCGGGCGUGAAAGGAGGGCCAGGACUUAUCGGCUCCAAAGGUUUACGUGGUUUCAAAGGUGUCAAGGGUGAACGUGGGUUGCAAGGCAUCAGAGGAGAACGGGGGAGUACGCUUCAAAUGCAUGGACCUCGUGGCUUGAAAGGCAACAAAGGCGACCCGGGUGAGCGAGGCUACCCGGGAUUUGACGGUGAUAAAGGCGAGAAGGGCGAGGACGGUCCACCUGGAGUUAAGGGCCUGAAGGGUGAUGUGGGCACUAAAGGUGCUUUGGGACGCUUUGGCACUCGAGGACCGGGCGGUCAGAAGGGAGAUCUUGGAGACCCAGGGGACCUCGGAGUCAUGGGUCCCCCCGGAAGUGACGGCGUGAAUGGCACCAAAGGAGAAAAGGGAGACCCGGGACUGCAAGGCCAGAAGGGUAAUCAGGGGGAUGCAGGCGAAACGGGCUCAGCGGGAGAUAACGGAGCCAAGGGAGAGAAGGGCUUCCGAGGCAUCCCAGGACGUUUCGGGAGUCCCGGUCUCAACGGUGAAAAGGGGGACGCAGGCUCACCCGGCACCUCCGGCAUUCCUGGCCUGAAUGGACUCACUGGACGAAAGGGCGACAAAGGCAACGCCGGAAUCAAUGGCAUCAACGGUGACUCGGGAGAAAAAGGGGAGAAGGGCGCGGCCGGUUUCUCAGGCUUCCCGGGAUUUAAGGGCUCGGUGGGAAGACCGGGAAAGAAUGGAAACCCAGGACCACCAGGGGGCCCGGGACCCCGUGGGGACCCUGGAGCCAAGGGCGUGAGGGGCCGCAGAGGAAAAGCACAGCCGUGUCAACGAGGGGUGCCAGGCGGUCCCGGACUGAGAGGCCAGAGUGGUGUGCUUGGAAUCGAAGGGGUGAAAGGCGAAAAGGGGGAGCCCGGCCUCUCGGAUCUUGAAGUGAAGAAGCUCGUCACCCAGGAGGUGAUGGACAAGUGUGGCUUAGAGUACAAGUUGAUGGUGAAGUCAGUAGACCCCGACGGGAGUUCCGCGCCCUCCGUCGCCGACGAAGACGACGGCGACGACAUGCAAGAACAAAUGAAGAUGAAGGAAGGAUUUCUGCUGAACGGCACCGAUGCCUCAGAGACACUCCAGAGGGAAAAACGACGACUUUUUGGAGCAAGAUCCUCUGGGUUCGAGGAGCGCUGCCUAGAGCCCAUGUUGGAGGGCUCGUGCUCCGACUACUCCCUCUUGUGGUACUUCCACGCCGGGGCGGGCGAGUGCCGGCCCUUCGUGUACGGCGGCUGCGGCGGCAACCGCAACCGUUUCCCCUCGUUACACGAGUGCCGCAGUCGCUGCGCAGUGGCAGCGAAACGCGGCCAAUGAGACGCCGGCGGGGCCUGAACAUGAGCAGAAAGCACCUGUUUGCACUGUAGAGGAUUUUUAUUUAUAUCGUGCUUAAAAAAGUUUUAGAAUUUGUAUUAUUAUAGUAUGAUUUGAUUUCAUUUUGACUUGUUCAAACACUUUGAAUAUUUGUUAUGUUAUCAAUUUUUAUUUUUUAAAACAUGCUUUGUUCUGUUUUGUUUUUAUUGGUUUUAGGAUUAGUUUUUUUAGUACAUAUUUCUUGGAGUUUUUAUUGUAGUUUAUUUUUAUCGUGCUCUGACCAUGUUUUAAUUUCACUUGGAUUUCAUUAAUUUUUGAAAUUCUAUCAAUUUUUGUUUUUUGAACAUGUUUUGUUCUAGUUUUGUUUUUGUUUGUUUUAGAAUUAGAU